AUGUCGAUAAGGACUGGUCUUCAUGGAGAUGAAGACAAAGGAGGAGAUAAUGGUGAUCCUGGUCUUCAAGGAGAUGAAGACAAAGUAGGAGAUAAGGAUGCUGGUCUUCAUGGAGAUGGAGAGGAAGGUGGAAAUAAUGAGAAAGAACCGAAGGAAGAUGAUAAUAAGAAGACUGGCAAUGCUGAUGAUGAUUGUGGUCUUCAAGGAGAUAAAGAGGAAGGAGGAAAUAAGGAUUUGGAUGCUGGGGUUCAUACAGAAGGAGAGAAAGGAGGAAAUGUUGAGAAAGAACAACCAAAGGAAGCUGAUAGGAAGAGGAGGAAUGCUGAUGAUGAUCAAGUCAAAGGGGCUAAGGAUAAGGAUAAGUGUAAAAUUUCUACACACGUCCCUACUCGCACCGCUGCUGGUAUUGAUAUUGUUGAUCUUCGUACUCCAACUCCUCCUCCUCCUCCUCCUCCUGUUGUUGAAGCAGUUGAGAAUGUAUAUAGCAGAAAGUCUUGGAGAGUUGAUUCUUCUGCUAAAAGGAAAAACAUUGCUGAUUUCGAUGCCCCUUCAUUCCAACUAUUAACUCCUAGUCCUGUUGUUGAGGAUCUUCCAUACAGUGCAGAGAGUGGUGAGGGUGUUGGAAGUUCAAUUCCAAUCAUCACUCCAGUAAAUGUAAAAUAUCCUCGAGGUGAUGGCUCUUAUUCUGAUCAAUCAUCAUACAAAUCCUACAAACCUCAGAAACAAUUAAAGUCAGAAAUCCCUUCAACACCUGAAUUAUUGAAGGGGUGGGACUAUGACCCUUCUUCAGAGAAAGUUGGGAAAGUUGUGAGAGUUAAGGAACCAGGUGAUGAUUAUGACGAUGAAGGUUUGGAGGACCUGAUUGAUAGGAUUGCUGAUCAUGGAGUUGAAUCAUCAUCUCACAAGGCUAAAAAAGAAGAGGAUGAGAAGAAGCUGGUGUUGUUUCAUCUUCUACGCCUGGUUUGCAUGCUGUUCCUGUCAACAACCAUGGCAUAAUAUUAUGUCGAAGUUUGCAGCAUUAUAAUAGAUAUUUGAGUGAUCUGUCUCCUGACCAGAGGUUGCUGGUUGAUUAUCUAUUUUACAAUGAGUAUGAAGAUGUUGCAUAUAUGUCAUUGGAUACAGAUUCUGAGGAAGUGAAGAUGAAAAA